AUGGCUUCCUCAACUCAACCGCUGCAAAGCGCGUCGCCACAGAAUGCACCGCCGCUUCUAGCGCCAGCUGUUCCUGCGAAUGCGAUAGCCAAACUCAUCGACUUCUCACAAACCCCGCUCGCCGAUGCGUACACUGGCUUCUACGCCGCCAUAGUCGAAAACGCCUUCACUCCCGCGGAGUGCGCUGCACUCCUUGCGCGCGCUACCGCUAGCGGGGAGUGGUCGUCUGCUCGCGGUGACGUCCCGCCCGAGGCGCGCGACACGUACCGCGUCGGGGAUCGCACCUACCUCACCGACUCCGAGGUCUCUGCUGCCGUCUUCGCGCGUUUGCUACCCUUCAUCGAGGACAUUCGGGACCUACGACCCGGAAGCAAGUGGGCGACCAUCGCGCACCGCCCCGGGCGGGCGCAGGGUCCGGCCUGGCACCUCGCGCGUCUGAAGUCGCGACUCAGCUUCCUGCGUUAUACUCCUGGGCAAUACUUCCAGCCGCACUGUGACGGGCUGUCUAUAGUGGAGGAGGAUGAGCGUUCGUACAAGUCCUUCGUUACGAUACACCUCUACCUGAGCGACAACGCGUCGUCGCCGGUAGAAGGUGGCGAAGGGGAUCCGCCGCUAUCGGGAGGAGCAACACGCUUUUGGACGCCAAACAAGAAGCACUAUCUGGAUGUUGAGCCUCGCGUUGGACGAGUGCUUAUAUUCCAACAGCGUAUGCUUGUACACAGCGGAGAGAAGGUCGUAGGAGGGACGAAGUACACGAUGCGAGGUGAUCUCUUGUACGAAGAGGCAGAUACGUAG